CCCGCGAUCGCGCUGCCGCGGCAGCGCGACGCCGUGCGACACUUCGCGAUGGAUCUCGGUGGGUCCCUGGUGAAGCUCGUGUACUUUAGCCCGAGCGGGACGGACGCGAGCGGACGCGCGGUGGCGGGAGGACGAUUGCACUUUCGAAAGUUUCCCUCGGCGCAUUUGAACGAUUGCAUGGACUUUAUAGAGUUCAAAAAAUUGCACGUGGGAGGGUCGGGCACGACGGAGGGCGACGGCGAGGAUGGCGGCGUGACGGUGAAGGCGACGGGGGGCGGCGCGUACAAGUUUUCAAAGACGUUUCAGGAUCGGUUGGGGAUCACGCUGCAGAAGGAGGAUGAGAUGGCGUGCGCGGUGGCGGGGGCGAAUUUUUUGUUGGAGACGAUUCGCGACGAGGCGUUUACGUAUACUGAUGAUGAGAAGGCAUUUAUAUCAAAAGACGCGUUGACGCGUGAAUCGUUGUUUCCGUACCUGUUGGUGAACAUCGGGAGCGGGGUGAGCAUCAUCAAGGUUGAUAAGGAUGGGCACGAGCGCGUGAGUGGUAGUAAUAUAGGUGGGGGGACGUUUUGGGGAUUGUGCCGGUUGUUGACCGGGCUCAAGGAUUACGAUGAAAUGUUAAAGUUGAGCGCGCAGGCGGACAAUGCGAAGGUGGACAUGCUCGUCGGGGAUAUUUAUGGCGGCCGCGACUACCCCAACAUCGGUCUGUCUAGCGAGACUAUCGCGAGUUCUUUCGGGCGAGUCGUCAUGGACGAAGGAAGCUUGGAAGAUUACUCGAAAGCCGACAUAACGCUUUCUCUGUUGCGUAUGAUCUCGUACAACAUCGCGCACAUUUCAACCAUGAACGCCGUCAAAUACGGGCUCAAGCGCAUCUUUUUUGGAGGUUACUUCAUCCGAAACCACGCAUACACGAUGAACACAAUUUCGUUCGCCGUCGAUUUCUGGUCUAAAGGAUCAUUGAAAGCGAGUUUCCUGCGUCACGAGGGCUUCCUCGGCGCCCUAGGGGCAUUUCUGCAAGACGUCGAGGCGCAGAAAAAUCUUAGCAAUGCCGCGCAGCAAGGGACGUGGAUCGAGAAGUUUAUCAAGUGUUCGGUGCCGCCUACAGGCAUGGAUCGCAAACGAUCGGCCAGAACGUCGCACUCAUCAAAAGGUAGUCUGACGACGCCAGCGACGCCGCCCAGGGCACGCCGCGACAAGCACUCCUCAGGAGAAGAAACGCCGUCGGAUCGGAACGAUCCCACGCAGUUGCUCAACUCUGCAGGCUUACAAGUUGGUGUUUUGCACCUCGAGCCGACGUUGGAAACUUUUCCAUUGCUUCGCGAAGGGCGCGAUUACGACCCAAACAUCUUUGACAUGCUCACCAAUACCACUGAACGAGAUUACUGGUUGGACACGCUGGAACGCUUGCAAUCUGGGCUCGUGGAGCGCGCGCUAGUGAGCGAACCAUCGAGCUCUGACGCAAAAGAACGCGCAGAAAAUUUUGACAACGUGUUUAAAUCGCACUUGUCGCGACUUCGCGAAGAGCCGGCGGCGUACGGACGCAUCGGUCUCGCGGAUUUGUUCGAGAUGCGCGAAGAGUGUUUGAGAUUCUUUCGCUUUAACGACGUGUACGAAGACGUAAAAAAGCAAGAGAAUGAGUCCGCGCUCUUGGUUCUUCCCGACUUGCUCGCUGAAAUUGAUAGCUUGAACGACGACGAACGGCUGUUAGCCAUCGUCGAGGGCGUUUUGGCGGGUAACAUUUUCGAUUGGGGAUCCCAAGGCACGCUCGAUUUGUAUCGCAACGGUACGAUUUUAGAAAUCUAUCGCAACGCGAGAAGCACGGUGAACAGGCCGUGGGCCAUCGAUGACUACGACGCUCUGCGCGAUCGAUUGAACGCUCCGAAUGCGAAGCAGUACCGCAAAGCGUUGCUCUUUUGCGAUAAUUCCGGCGCCGACAUCAUCUUGGGCAUGCUUCCGUUCGCUCGCGAGCUUUUGAAGCGAGGCACGUCCGUCGUUCUCGUCGCCAACUCCCUCCCCGCCAUCAACGACAUCACCGCGACCGAGCUUACGGGGAUAUUACAAGCCACCAAGUCUCUCGACUCGCAGCUCGAAAUCGCCAUCGAUUCCGGCGCGCUCUCCGUCGUGAGCUCGGGCUCUGGUUCGCCCUGCUUGGACUUCCGCCGUCUCUCCAACGAAGCGUGCGUCGCCGCUCGAGACGCCGAUCUCAUCGUCCUCGAAGGCAUGGGACGCGCCAUUCACACCAACUAUCGCGCCCAAUUUUCGUGCGACACCAUCAAGCUCGCCAUGAUUAAAAACCAGCGUCUCGCCGAGAAGCUCUUCGGUCCGCGCGGCGAGAUCUGGGACUGCGUCGUUCGCUUCGAAGCCGCGUAGCGUUGUCAUUUAUUCGCGCAUUCGUCGCGUUCA